GAGCUUUGAUCGUAGACGGACUGUAAUCCUUACCGUUGCUUCGUAGAUUUUUUUUUGGGUGAAUAAGGAGAAAAAUUACUAUAAUUACCAUCGUGUAUACACACAUAUAGCGCACACACCGCGGUUUGUUCGGAGGAGAGAAGCGCUGCAAAGUGAGAAUUCGAUGUACGUACGAUCCGUAGAAAGGCAAGGCGAGAAAGCGAGUGGCACAAGCGAUCUGUAAGAAAUUUAUUAUGAAGCGCACGACGAGUGAACGAAUUUCGGCGAAUUAGUUUCGAGACAAGCAGAUAGAAAAGCAUUUUUUCGGGAAGAUUAACGCGAACGUAUCUGUCAGUGGAGUGCGUAUAUUUGGCGAUAAGGGGUAUGGAUGCAUAGUUGAACGCUCCUCCUGACACAGAAGUUAGUGUUGGGCCCAAGAGCCUGCUUCACGAGGAACUAGGCUUCAGUGGAUUGUUGAUCUUGUGAAAAGUUUGUGCAUUAUUGCGAAUUUCGAUGUGUGAUGUGACAGUAACUAGUGACGAAAGUCAUAGAAGAGGAAAAUUCACGAGAUUGAUUGUGUUGGGUGUAAGACGGUGGUAGACGAGACACAUAGAAGAAAUUUCAUCAAGCGGGCUGCGACGCGGCAGCAUUUUCAUGCAGAACAGUACGCGCCGCGGUACACACACUGGUGAAGCGCAGCACCACAGACAUAGCGCGACGACGGCAGAUGUACGACGAACAACGUCGCGGUCGUCUUCUUGUUGGUCGUCGUUGUCGUCCCCGUCAUCGUCGUCAGAUCAACGGCAGCAGAAAAACAACAUCGUCGACAACAUCACCGUCGACGUCUUCGUCGUCGUCAGCGGUAGGAGCAGCAUUACUAGGAGCAACCUUAGCACCAGCUUCAGCAAAAGCAUGAAAAGAGCUCUGAAAAAACGCCAACGGUCACAGCAGCGAGCAGCGAGCGAAGAAAAUAUUUUGAAAAGUGAUUUAUUUUUGUUCAUAUUUUUUUCUGGCAACCGAAAAAGAGCAUGAAGAAAAAGUAAGAAGAGUUGAAAAUGCGAAUACAUCUGUAUAUUUAUAAAUGAAAAAUCAAAGUUAAAAAAAAGAAAAAGCGAAAAGCAAGAAAAAGAUUUUUCUUCGAAGUGAUCUAAUGAUUUCAUGAAUGAAAACAACAGGCACACGCAAAGAAGAAAAAAUCGCACGAUAAAAAAGAAGUUUUAUUAAAUCAGUGAAUACUAUGCAAAAGCGAUAGUACGGGAUUUGGAAGAAGUAUAUAAAAAAGUUCAACAAUAUUAAUACACAGAAAUAAAGAAGCAAUUGGAAAAAAAAGUGAGCGAGUCAAAAGUAGUUACAAAUCAGUGAAAGCAACAUCAAAGUUCGCAAAAGUUAAAAGAGCAGUGCAUUUAAAUCUAUCGGAUGAAGGGUUUCGACAGUGCUCCAAAAGUCAGUAAAUUUCUCUUCAUCGGGCUGGCCGGUAAAUCAUGAAUCUAGUGUUUUCGCGCAAAACUAGGAUUAACAUUGGAUCUACCAAGGCGAUAACAGCGACGAAAUCGCAAAACAAGCACCCUUCCGAAGCAGCAGAAGCAGUGGCAGCAGCAACAGUUACUACACUGGUAGUGGCACUCCCUGAAACUCUCCCGAGCGUCAUCAUCGGCAUUGGAUUAACAACGCACCCAUCACGAGCCUGGCAGCACCCGGUUUAAUUGCUUAUUGAUUAUAAGGCGAUUAAAACGAUGACGGAUCUUGGUGGACCACGGUUGAAAAGAACUCAUCGAAGCCGCUAGUGUAACGAGCUACAUGGAUCGCAGAAAUGGCGGCGAUCCUUUGGCGCCUCCUCGGCCCCCUAAGUCCUUGCCUCGUGUUCAUCGUCCCCGGGCUCCCGAGCCGACCAUAAUGAGCGCUGCCAACAGCCAGUCUUCUGUGAAUAAUACGACGAUCAGUACGACUACGAAUCGAAGUCUCCAUAACGUACCGCAACUGUCACCAAAUCCUAGGAAUCUAAGCUCUUCCAGUUCCCCCGUACGAAAUAUAAGUAGCAAUAUUAGUUCAUCAAUUCCACCGCCGUUGCCACCGGCGCCGCAGAUAGCGCCCUUGACGCCACUCCACACCCGAAGCAGCAGCAACAGCAGCAGCCUCAGCAGCAGUAGUCACCAUCAUCCCCCACACCACCACUCCCACUUUCCUAGUAGUCAUAGCGUUAGUAAUAGUUUAGCUCAGCCAGCAAGUACCUUCUCACGACGACGUCCACCGGCAGCUCUACCAACCAUCUCGAUUCCGAGCAUUUUGAACCCAGGCGUAGAGACGACAGCGUCGAACCCGACGACCACGUCUGCCUCAUCCCCGGUCACCCUGGCUGCACCUAGACCAGAGAACGAAAGGCUUACCAACGAGUAUGUCGAUACGCCGUUCAGUAGACUGUCGCCCGCAUCCAACCGUCAACGGGGGCAGCAUGUUGUUGGAUCCGCGUCGACCGCCGGGACGGCGGCGUCUCCAGCGUCCCCUGGGGCACCCAGUAUCGACCAGCACCGUCAACUAUCAGUAUCGCAACAAAUCAACAAUCGAUUACAUUCGCCUAGCACUAUACAUAGUAGCAAUAGUACAACGGUGUCGACCCUCGGUAAGCCAAUCGGAUCCACGGCGACGACUACGACGCUGCACAGCAGCAAUAGGAACUUUAAUAAUAACACAAUCAAUACUAGGCCAAACCAAUUACCACUGGGACACUCGACGGUGUCUGCGGCGGCGGCAACGACAACAACCACAACGGGAACGACCGGCAUACCCUUGUCGGGCGCACCAACGAUACAGUCAGCAACAUUGCCAAUUACCAAACAACCAGUAUCAAACACUUUUAGUAAAGACUCACCGGCAGCCGGUCUGCACGAGCUCGACAUCGAUCUGCACCCGUCUAGUGGUGAUCUACUUAAUUCCAUCACCUGCCCGAACUGUAAAAAGUGCCGGUGCGAGGAAUGCCAACGGCCGAGGCAGCUGCCCUCUCGAUGGUUUUGCGAUAAGACCUGUCUCUGCAGUGCGGAGACCAUUAUCGACUACGCUUCGUGCACAUGCUGCGUCAAGGCACUCUUCUACCACUGUUCAAAGGAUCAGGAAAUGGAACGCGAGAGUGAUACAGUCUCCUGCGCGGAUGAUCCCUGCUCGUGCGUUCCUCAUAAGCGAACGACACGUUGGGGCUGCUUGGCAGCCCUCUCGCUCCCACUGCCCUGUCUUUUGUGCUACUGGCCAAUGCGGGGUUGUGUCGCCGUCUGUGCAAAAUGCUACGCUAAACAUUCCCGACACGGUUGCCGCUGUCAGUCACAGAACGGUAGCAGUCUCGCCGGCAGUAUACUCAGUGGUACUGGUCUGGUGGGAGGUGGACUGGGCGGGGGUGGCAACGGUGGUUCCCAAGGUGGCAACGGUCAGCUGGAUCGUGGCAGCAACAUCAGCAUCAGCAAGUUUUCCGCCGUCAAUAGUACUAGCCCUUUUGGCAAGGGUCACCACCACCACCAUCAUCAUCAUCAUCAUUCGGGGGAUCUAACGCCCGAGAAGCGGCUGCUCGAUUCCAGUCCGGAGUACUGAUAUAUGCUGUAUCUGUAAGCGGGCAACGAAGGAGGCAGCGGCGGCUCCAUUGGCCGCCCGGCUGCCCAUUCUCGAGAAACAGGGCCCGCUGGCAGAGAUCAUCCCGAUCGCAUCCGGCGUUCAACGGUAAACAAUAGUAGUAGUAAUAAUAAUAAAAAAAAAACCUGGCGAGCGCAACAGACAAUGCAGCCGUGCGCGCGUAACUCUCUGGUUAUACGUUUCAGGAGGGAGGAAGCGAAACGUGUAAAAAAACGAAGAGCAAAGUUCGAAGCAUAUAAUAGGAACGGGAGAAAUGUUUUUUAAUUAUAAUUUAACCAAAGACUGCAGACUAUUAUUGAGUUAUGUUUUUGAUAUAAAUAAUGUUUUUUCGUGUAACACAAACAAAACGAACCGAUUUGGGGUAUGCAAAUCUGUAAAUUAUCCAAUAAUAUACGGGCUUAACUAUGGAUUGCUACAUACCUAUCGAAAAAAUGACGGAAGUGAAAAGUCGAAUAAUGAAGUCAAAAUACUUCCCAUGCUACUACUACUAUUACAAACUAACUUCCUACUACUGCUAGGUUUCGUUACAGAAAAAUAUGAAUCAAUACAGCUACAGUUACUAAAGAAAUUCGAGGAGCAGGUUGAUCCAUUAGGACGCGGGAAAGAUAACUAAUUUAUUCUAACUGUAUACAGAUUUUAAGGCAAACAGGCAAUCUCUCAAUUUUCCAGAGAGGUUAAGAUAUUUUUAAUAAUGAGAGUGGAGAAUCUGUUCGCCAAAAAAACAAAUGGCGAAACUUUGCGGUAUAAUGCGCGUUCUCCUUGUGUAUAGGGAAUUAGAUAGAACAUUUUCCAAAUGGCUAGGCUGGGCGGCAUUGGCGAAUUCAGAGCACGAGAGAUUGAUGUUGUGUGAGCGGAUUAACAAGUGUGGGUGAGAGAAAGCAUAACUUGUUUUCCAUUCCUGAAUGACGUAAUUUAUUUCCUACCUUAGAUUUUGUUUCAAGCAAACAAGUGUAUGGAACAUCGCAAGCGAACGACCGUUUCCGCGAUAUUUUAAAAAUAUCGGGGAAAAUGUGAAAGAAUUUGAGGGUAUUUGAGUGCGCCAACAGCCAAAGGUCGGCCGAUAACAGGUAUAGUGCGGAACUGAAAGAGCGAACCCGAGAGUUGAACAAAAUCAUGUAAAUAAUUAUAUAUAUUUAUCCAAAAAACAAUGCGAUUAAUUUAAUGUAGGGCGCCCAUGUGGCAAGCAAAGAAACUAUUUUCUUAAAAAUUGUACGAAUGAAGAAACCUGUAUAUAAUGGUAUAAAAUGAUGAUCCCACAGGAAUGGACUAGAGGAAAAAGAUAAGAACACAUAUUUAUAUUUAAACACACGCGAAAGAGCCACUGAAAACAUGUAAUAUAUUUUGGGAUCGUUCUAGUUUUGCCUGAGGCGAAGCGAGAACGGAUUGUGCGAGUGAUUAUUCCACGUGAGUAGUGUACAUGAAGGAGCGACUGAGAGAGUGCGAGUGUAGUGCGUUAUUCUUUUGUGUAAACAUUUACACACGGGGAAAAAGGAAAGAAAGCAGCAAAUCAGCAUUAUCCGGAUUAAGCUUAAUUGUGUUUCACGGAAUAACAAAAAUUCAUUGAAAAUAGUAAGAAGCGAACACGAAACGACGAAAACAAACGGUCAUAGUUUCCAAAAAGUCGCACGUAGGUUCAAAACCAAGAGAGUUUCGUGUUGUUAGCAGCAGCAGCUUCGGUUCCACGUGGUGGACCCUGGUCACGCCUGUGAACUCAAUUGAGGAAUGACAAGUAUGCGAAAAUUAUCACGCUCCCAAUCACUGACUACCAAUGGAGCAAACAGAAAACAAAAAUAUUCGAACCGAACUCGAACACCAAGGUUCAACAGCGACGGGUGUGAAUGUACUUUUCGCGACCACAACGUCGAUCGCCUCAUAAUGUUGUAGGUACGCUUCGUUCGUCAGUAAAUAUCAGAGUGUCCGGCCCUGGAUCUGAACGGUCCGCAGGGAAAAUCGGUUCAUUGUUAUUUAAAUUGAUAAAAGCGCUGAUUAAAGUGGUGCAUUCACCACGUUUUCGUAUGUUUUUUUUUCAUGUUUCGUUUUUUGGUACUGUAUUGGUGAGGGAAUUUGAGGCAUGGUGCGCUUCAAUGUUUACCGAGGGGCACUUCACGCGGCGGAGCACCUCGCAAUCGAUCGCGGAGGGGCUUGACCGCGCCUCGUCUCUCAAAACAGAACCAACUGAUUGUAUGAACACUUUGGAAUCCGCUCUGCGACGUGUGUAUUGAUGGAGGAGAAUGGAUCCAAUAGCACACGCUAGUCGUGGCCGGCCGGCUGUCCCGUAGAGAGACGUGAAAUAUUUAACCGCCAGUGAUAACCUAUAUGGUUGCAAGCGAACAUAAAUAACAGAUAAUAUUUCAGUCAGUCAGAGCUGAGUGAACGAACGGAGAUCGUAGAGCGAGAAGGGAAAAGCUUGCUUACUGUUCAGUUGCAAUGGCUACGAAAAUGUAUUUAUUGAGUAAAUUAUGCUCUUGACGUAUUUACUCCAAACCAAACUUUCUGUCGAAUAAUUUCAAUUAGUUGAUUUCCACUUUGUAUUCUACAAUCAUAUUACCUACAUGUAAUGCGUGAGUAUUUCUUCGAUAACGUCUGAAGUCCCUAUACUUUUGAGUAAUUAAAUAAACUGCAUAAAUGUUUUAAGAACAUGGUAACAGAAUGGUCAAAACAACCUGAAAAUAUCAGUUUGUAUUACUGAGCGUAGACUCGCCUUCCCCUCGAUGAUCUUGUCCAAAGCUUCCUAGAAAUUGGAAAUAAUCGAUUUUCCUUUUUCCAAGUUCGUUGUGCUCCGGUCGUUUCCCUAUAAAUAUAUAAAUUGUUGAGCGAAACGAAUCAAUAAAGGUCCCAUGCUACAAGCCGUCCAGCUACACAAGCAUUCCAAAAAUCAGGACCAUCUGUUUUGCGCAGAUCCCAACCCGAGACAUAGAGAAAAGAUGAAUGCCACGCUAUCUUUUUUCUUCCUUUUCAGGCGAACUCCGUGUUUUUUAUACUCUCCUUGUGUCCUGUCCGAACAAAUGUCGAUUUUUGAAAGGGAAAUUAUGUUUUAUGUUCACGUUGUUUUUUUUUUCUUUCUGGAAUCUGAGAUAAAAUACUUUCGAGGGUCGUCUGAACUCCGAACAUGAUCGUCGUUCGUUUUCGUCGUCAUCAUCGCCGACCGAAGAACGGUGAUCCCGACGUGAAAUGGAACCCGAAUUUCAUCCGCCCGCCCUAUCCCCGCUCGUAUCGUGUAUGGCGUAAUCCAAGCUUGCCAUACUUUUUUCUCUUCGUUCGAUCGUUCGUUCAUUUUUGUUGAGGAAUCUAUACGUGCCCUGCAUGCAGCAUGAUCGUUUUUUUUAUGAAUUUCCUGUCUAAUUUAUCAAGCCAUGAAAGUCGUCUCCCGGUGCAGUCUAUCUCUCCCUGGUUUCGGAGGGUCCACUCAUCGAACACUGCCAUUGCGAUGACGGGAGUUUGUGUACCAUUGCUGCUGAUGCCGGCAGGAAUGUGAGCAAAACGCAACAAGCGUGUGUAGGAAAUCUCAACUCAAGAGUGGAACAUUUAUCUUCGGGAGAUUUCCUCUUUGGAGAGCCCGGCCCGGACAGAAAAUCCAGACGGCGGUGCACUCGGGCUGAAUGCCGUGCGCUGCCGGCUUUUCAAAACAGGAAACGACUGCCAUUUUCAUUCAUUAAAUUUUCGUUUCUGUUUGUCUGAAAAUGACGAAAGGCGAGAGUGCAAUGCGUCGAAAGUCGUGCCAACGUCGCGAUCGCCGCUAAACUGGCAGCUACGGUGUGGAAGCGUUUAAUACGCUUACUUCGAUGCAAAAUGACGCACUUAGACGCAUAGGGCACUGAAAUGAUCGCAAACCAUGUGUGUCUGUUGCGAUCUGCGAGAGCUUUGUUCACCCACAACAAUUUGGUAAGAACGGCUCGUGUAUGUAGUUGUUACAAUGCAGUAAAGCCCUCUACCUGAUCGUACCAGAAGUAGUCAACCAAAAGCUAGAACACUCAAAUCCACACGGUUGUAUAUUCCGUUUCAACAAUUUGAUCGAAUUAUUACACUCCAUGGAAAUCUAAAUCAACUGUAAUCGAUUAGCGUGCUUCAUCGUCUUUCUUACGAACAAAAAUAAUGAUGCAACCGCGGGAGUGUAAUCGAAAAACAAAAAUUAUUUUUUCACCCGAACCAGAGAGCUAGUAAAAAUUUUGCGUCGCAAUUUUCUUGGCAAACCAUCAUUACCCAUCGCAGCCGAAAUGUAUUCGUUUCGAUAUCUCAGAUGUUCGCGGCACCACUUGGGGUGACGCGCGAUAGUUUACCGAGCCACAUGAUGUCCCGCCAUUGGUGCCUCCCGCACCCAUUCGUAAUCCGCCUCUCUGAUCUAUCGACGUACUUCGCGCGGAGAUGGGAUUUUCUCGCUCAGCUGCCCGCAUCCGCUCUUAUUUUGGUUUGGAUUUGAAUGAGAAUCGGGAUAAAGUGGCGUUAUCGUUUGAUUGAAUUUAAGCCCGAAUGAAAUAUAUUCCUAUUCAUUACUUUUCUUGCUACCUUUCUUUAUUUUUUCACAUCAACACAUGGUCAUUUUUUUGUCAUACCCAUGCGUCUUUCUCUAUCAAUGUAAUAAAUUUACUGAUGAACGGAAGAUGGGUUAUUCUUUUGGUGCGCAUUCAACUUUCUCUCAAUUCCAGUGAGUUAAUGAGAGGUACUCAGGCGUUCGAUCCGCUUUCAAGUGAAGUGAUUUGGCCAGUGCACUUGAUACUAAAUAAGACUUCCAAGACAAGACAAUUUAUCAUUGAACAAAAUCGAGCCAAUUUGAUGAUUUUACCUACCAUUCCCUCAACCUAAAUCGUUAAAUCCGCAUUUCCCUUCCUUUUUGAUCAACGACCAACAAAAAAUACAAACGAAUCGCGCGCUGUCCAACGUAUAAUAUACAUAUGUGUGAGUUUAUUUUUAUUGCUCCUCUUUUAUAAAUAACAUUCAUUCAUAAAAAAAUCUUAUAUUUAAGUUGAGUGAAAAUAAAACGGAUGUUGUAAUUUUUCGUGCUAAAUUUAAAACGAAGAAAAACACGCCGAGAGCUCCAAUCUUCUACUGACUGCUGCUACUGACUAAAAGAGCAUUUGUGAAUGAUGCCAUGAAGCGACCUCCCGUCGCUGUGGGACCGAAGCUGCUACAACAUUCAACUCAAACGAUAUUAUGGAUGGCUCUGAUCAAAUAUCUAUUCCAAAAUAAACCAAGCGUUCCUAAUUAUGUAAAAAAAAGAAUAUACAUCGGAAGAAUUGAAGUAACCGUACCUUGUAGAUUGAUGGAAAAAUUUGACAAAGGAAAAUCCUUACCACGUAAUUAACACCAGAAUUUUUUAAGCAGCUAGAUCAUUCUGUACAUUUCGACCGAUAGAAAGCUUGGCAUAUUUUACAGUACGCCAUGUUUGUAUACUGAAAGUAUAGCAUUAUUAAAUGUAGCCGGGAAAAUCAAUUGAAUUGCCUUAAUGUGAACAAAAACCAAUACUUAUGACGUUUUGUAUGCUCGUCCAAAAAGAAACAAAUUUUCGCCGCGAGUUUGUUAUGCGUUUCUUUCCUUUUGUUUAAUGAUGGAGGCCUUAUUUUGUUAAAAUGUAAACAAGUGUUUUGCGUAAAAUCAAGUGAAGAUGAUUGUAUUUUUUGUUCAUAAACAGAAUAAACCGACUAAUAGGAUGAAAAACAAUUAUGAUGGGUUAAGUUGUUGAGAAAGGUGGUAAACGCUGAAAUGAUUUCGUGUAGGAUUUAAUUUCCAGUAUUAUCUAGUCGUGCAUUAUAAUGUAGCAGGAAUACAAAAAAAAGAUGAAAAACUAGCAGAACAGGAAGACAGAAAAAUAAUUAUUCAGUAAGAUGAUAUACUAAAACACGAAGCAGAAAAACUAAACUCAAAAUCAGAAACAUUGUUGAUACGAUCAAAAAUUUUGAACGAUAAAUAACUAUUGACAUAUUUUUUGGCAAACUUUAAAAAUUUGUUGAUAUGAUUUUUGACAUUUUUCGAAAAAAAAUUGUAGUUGUUAUAUUUACCAUAUUUGUAAUGCGGAAAUUCUGAAUUCAAACCAAGAAGCUAAUAUAAAGUGAAAAAUGUCCAUAAUCUCGAUGUCAGACACAAAAGAAAGCAUAAUCUUAUCAGCAUUAGAAAAAAGUGUAAAUUAAAAAAAAAGUGAAGAUAAUUAAAAAGAAACAACACAUGCGCUAUAUGAUAUAAAAUAAAGUGGAAUCAUUACAUUGUCAACUGUACCUAAGCUGUUAUUUUUUAAAUAAAUGGAAGAAAUUAAACAAACUUGAAUGAUGUCAAAUAUAUUAUCAAAUUCCUAACAAGCCUUUAACAAUGUCUCUCAUCCUAAACCGGUAACUUUUACACAGAACACAAGCACUUACUAUUGAAAUGUGUGAGCUGCGAAACACAAAAAUACUCUCAUACUCCUCCCAUUUAAAGUACACCGUUAUAACUUUAUUUUAUCAUUUAACUAAUUAUCAAAUCAGACCAUUCUGCUCCCAUCUACAUCAACAACAAAAAACGAUCAGUACACAUUUUCAUACCCACAUACUCAGGCUCGCACCUAAUAAACAUCAGAAAACAGGCAUUCGUUGAAAUUUCCCAUGUUCUCAAAAAGUAGCUAUGCAAUAUUGUCGACACUCUCACGUAAACAAAAUCCAGAACACUGAAGCAAAAACUUAACUGUCCAUUAUGGAACAAAAAUGAGUUCACCGUCAGAUUUGGCUUACUAAAACCACACAAGCAAACCUUGCAGAGCAGUAUAAUAACCACUCGAUGAGAAUCAACUGCAACCUAAACAAAAAUUCUACAGUAAAACUAUUUGAAUAAGAGAAAAAAAGAAUGAAGUAAAAAAAAUGUUUCUUUUUUCGUUUGGUAGAUAACAAAAGAAAUGACGUAUAUGCGAACAUAUGGGACAAAAAGUCAGAGGAAAAACAAAAACACGCGGAUGCGAGGGAUGCUAAAGGGAAAAUCGUAAAGAAAAACAAAUGAAAGUUGAAAAGUAUGAAAAUUCUACUACAUAAACGCUGUGUAAAUUUAUGUACAUACUUAUAUUAUUUCUUUUUUGGAGAAUUAUAAUUAUUAUCUAAUGUUAAAAAUAAUAACAAUACGACCAAUUGAAAAAAAUUAAA